AUGGGGAGCCACAGCCUCCUCGCCGCCCUCCUGGCCGCUGCCCUCGCCGCCCUCCUGCCGCUUCCCGCCGCCCCCUCGGCCCACCGCAAGCUCCUGGUAUUCUUGCUCGACGGCUUUCGCUUCGACUACAUCGAUGACAGCGAGCUGGAGGGUCUGCCGGGCUUUCGGGACAUUGUGAACAUGGGGGUGAAGGUGGAUUACAUGACCCCAGACUUCCCCAGCCUCUCCUACCCAAAUUACUACACGCUGAUGACGGGUCGCCACUGUGAGGUCCAUCAGAUGACUGGAAACUACAUGUGGGACCAGAAGGCAAAUGUAUCUUUUGAUAUUGGUGUGAAUAAAGAAAGCCUGAUGCCUCUCUGGUGGAAUGGAUCUGAGCCUUUGUGGGUCACAAUGACGAAAGCGAAAAAGAAUGUUUCCAUGUACUAUUGGCCAGGUUGUGAGGUCGAAAUCCUUGGAGUCAGACCAAGUUACUGCCGCGAGUACUUCAGUGUCCCAACAGACAAAAACUUUGCGGAUGCCAUCAGUGAUGCCCUCGAGACCUUGUGCAACGGCAGCGCUGAGAUGGCCGCGGUGUACUACGAGCGCAUUGAUGUGGAAGGCCACCACUACGGCCCUUUGUCCCAGCAGCGGAAGAACGCUUUGAAGGAAGUGGACAAAGCCUUGAGCAACAUGAUCUCACUCAUCAAGAGCAAAGGCCUUCAGAAUGAAGUCAAUGUCCUCCUCUUCUCCGACCAUGGGAUGACAGACAUCUCCUGGGCAGACAAAGUGAUUGAGCUGAACAAAUAUAUCAACAUGAGCGAUACUAUACAAAUGAAGGACCGAGGUCCUGUUGUGAGCCUCUGGCCAGCUCCAGAGAAGCAUGCAGAGAUAUAUCAAAAAUUGAAAGCCGUGGAACACAUGGAUGUUUAUAACAUACAGGAUAUUCCAAACAGGUUUUUCUACAAAAAAGGAAAAUUUGUGUCUCCACUAACCCUUGUGGCCGAGGAAGGAUGGUUCAUAGUAGAGAGCAGGGACAAGCUGCCCUUCUGGGAAAACGGGACAGGCAAGAAGGAGGCCUGGCAGAAUGGCUGGCAUGGCUACGACAAUGAGCUCAUGGACAUGAGAGGCUUCUUCCUCGCGUAUGGACCAGAUUUCCGAUCCAACUACCGAGCACCACCCAUCAGAUCCGUGGAUGUUUACAACAUCAUGUGCAGCCUGGCAGGAAUACAGCCACUGCCCAACAAUGGCUCCUGGUCCAGGGUGGAGUGCAUGCUCCGAAACACAGCUCCCUUGGCACCACUCCCCCCAUGCAGCAGCUGUGCCCUGGCACUAGUUGUGCUCUCCCUGUUCGCCAAGCAGAUCUCCUUACUGUGAUCCCUGAACAAUGUCAGUCAGUGUCACCAGCAA